AUGAAGUUCGAUCGAAACUCAAUCAGUAAAAUUCAAUCAUUAUUACCUGUUCAAAUAUUUAUUGGUUAUUGUUUUAUUGUUACUGGUUUAAUUGUUAAUUUUAUUCAAUUGCUUACAUGGAUUUGUAUUUGGCCAUUUAGUAAACAACUCUAUCGACGAAUAAAUUAUUACUUAGGUGCAUCGUUAUGGAGUCAAUUAACUUCUUUAUAUACAUGGUGGUCAGGUUCUAGUGUAACACUUUUUGCUGAUCCAAAAGAUAUUAAAGAGCUUCAACAUGAAUCUUCAAUUAUUCUUGUUAAUCAUCGAUAUGAAAUUGAUUGGCUUGUUGGAAUGGUCGCUGCUCAAAAAACUGGUAUACUUGGAGGCAUAAAAAUUAUUGGCAAACGUUCAUUAAGUUUAAUACCAAUUCUUGGUUGGUCAUGGCAUUUUACUGAAUCAAUUUUUUUACGUCGAGUUUGGGAAAAUGAUAAAAAAGUUUUAGAACAUGAUAUUCAACAACUUCUUAAUGGUUAUCCAGAUCAUUAUUAUUUUACAUUUUUAAUGGCUUGUGAAGGUACUCGAUUUACGGAAAGUAAACGUAUUGAAAGUAUGAAAUAUGCACGAGAAAAAAAUCUACCAGAAUUAAAAUAUCAUAUAUUACCACGUACCAGAGGCUUUACUAUGAUUAUGCACGGAGCACAAGGAAAAAUACCUGCCGUUUAUAAUUUUAUGCUCACUUUUACAAAAGAUAGUGCCAAACCAACAUUUCGUACAUUACUCAAGGGACAUACUUGUAAAGCUCAAAUGUGUAUAAGACGAUAUCCAAUCUCAGAAAUUCCAUAUGAUGAUGAAAAGAAAUGUGCUAAUUGGCUUCAAGAAGUUUUUCAAGAAAAGGAUCGUAUGUUUGAAUAUUUUGAUCAACAUGAUACCUUCGAAGGAUUUGGUAUACCUCAAGUAUCAAUUUCUCAAAAUUAUAGUGAUCUGUUAUAUUCAUUAUUUUGGCUUAUAACUAUUGGUUUUCCUUCAUUAAUUUGCUUAUGUGAUCUUACAAUUGAUGAUAAACAUGUCUGUAAUUAA